CCUGGGGAAAAAAAAAAAAGAAAGGCUUGGAAUGUUUUAAUAUAGUUGUUAUCAGAGGUAAGCCACCGGACAUAUAUUUAUUGUGUAAAUUGAGGACCUGUUGGCCACGAGUGGGUCCAUUUAUUUAGUCAGCCAGUGUGGGGGUGAGCCUUAGAAUUUUAUUUUUGUUCAUAAUGUCUUUUUCUUCAUACAACAGAUCUAAUCACUUCCCAAAUCCUAUAGAUUUUACUUUCUGUGUAUCUCUUAAAUGUGUUCACUUGUUUCUGUUCUAUCAAUACCCUAAAUUUUUUUUUAAAAAACUAGGUUAAGAAUACAAAAGAUGAGUUACUUCUUCCCAUACGUAGAGACUUGAUAAGCCAUGUAUGAACUGGCACUGGAGUUUGUGGACUCUGAAGUUAAGUCUCAUGGUUACGGUUCCAACUAUAACAUGACAGCAGUGAGGAGGGAGAAAGGCAACUUUGGGGAAAAUGACCUUCCACCUACCUUUGCAUUGCCUUGCUUCUGCUCAUCUCUCGUUUUGAUGUUUGCCAGUACUUAAAAUGAACUGUAUGUGUGCUCUAUGAUGCUUUAUGUGUAUUUCUUUGAAAAACUAGAGUGAUAGGGGAGAGGGCUAAAAUGCCCAAAAUGUAUGACUAGAGGAGUUCAAAGGGAGCAGAAAGAUUCUGUUUUUGUUUUGAACACUUUGCCCAUAUUUCCGUUAUUAUUCUGGAAACCAGAGCCUUAAUUCUGUCAACAUAAAACUGAACUAUUCAACUGAUCUUCAAACAUCCUAUCGAAGGCUUUUGCCCAGGAACUGGACAUGGCACUGAGGAAUAUGAUGACUGAAUAGUUUUCUUCCCUUCUGAAAUUUAUUUUCAAAAGUAAAGGCAUCUAAAAGCUAGGAUUCCACCGGCGAUCCUUAUUUGGUGCUAAAUCUCUGCCUUAUUACGAAAUGAUCCCGGUGGCAGUUCGGAGCUGGGUCUCACUUCAGUGCCAAUAAGCCCAUCGAAAUCUUUCCUGAGAGCAGGUUUUUUCGUAAGAAGACGUAACGAUUUUACCUGAGUUGGUAGCGCCUAACGUGCAAUCCUCCUUCCCUGCCUCUACCAAAAACAACAAAACGAAAUAAAACUGGCCCCCUGAAUGCCUGCCUUUGUUCUCUGGGGAGCGGCGUUUAAGUGUCCCAGGAAGCCGUGAUCGAAAUGCCAAGGACUGGGACAACUUACGCAACAAGGGAACUCAGAGUUUUUGAUUACCCAAUUUUCCCUUGAGUUCGGCUUUUAGAAAAACAUGCAAAGCAACAAAAAUGAGGGAUAGAUCAAUGGAAACAACUCUCAACACAUGCUCACAUCCCACGGCGCCUCAAGUCGGGCCACAGAAGCGGUCCCUGUGGACAACCUCCGGCCCCGCUGGCGCCUGCGCACUGGCCCCUUCCGCGGCCGGAAGCCCCGGAAUCCAGACACUUGGAUUCUGUGACAACGGCCCGAUCGAACAUUUUCUUCUCUAUUGCUACUGAACCUAUGCUGUGACUUAAAACACAUCGAAAUUACGAGAGAUAGUUUCUUAGCUUUCUCCCUCCUCCGCCGGCACCGCAGAAGGCAGCCCGCAUUGAGGGUUUCUUAGGCUCGGGGUCCUGGGUUUCCUUGACGACAAAAAGCGUCCCGGGAAAGGACGAGGUGACCAAAAGCCAGGCGCGAAACACAGUUUGCAGGACAGAGGAUUGCAGGUAUCCGUUUCUCGUGACUUUUCAGCAAGAAGCGGUGCGAACCCUGCCUAACUCCCGAGUCCAUGGAAUCGGCGUGCGCGAGAGCGCUGCCUGCAGGGGAGGCCGGGAUGGGCCGAGCGGCCGGCGGGCGGCUGUCUGUGGGGCGGCCAAGCGUGUCCUUCCCUGCCCGAGCCCCGGCCCUGACGCACCCGCAGGCUUCGUAGUCGCUUCAGGUGACCUGGGAGAACACAGAGGUCUCUCCAAAGAAGGUAAACCAUGCUAGAUGAAUUCUAAACUGCGAUCUGAACACAAGCACGUAAUGUGUCUUGCUUUUGGGUAGUUGUUUUUGUUUUGUCUGCAGGACGAUGUGGCAGGCUGCAAGUCCCAGUAUGGCGCCAAUGUGUUUAUAAAUGAGAUUUCUGGAGAAAUAUUUCAAAUUACCAACGAGUGAUAAGAGGCAUUGUUUAUUAUGUCUCUCCCGAAAACUCCCUCCAAACGGAUAAACUCUGCCUCAACAUCUGAGGGCAAAAAGUCAAAAGUAUCUGUGGCCAAGGAAGAUUCAAGAGGACUUCCUGAGCUAAGGGAGAAAAAAAAUAUGGUGGAUCGUUCAAAACCCCUUCCUACUUUCCUUCAGAAUGAGUUCAUUCCUCAGGAAGUUCUUCUUUCUUUGACCUAUGCAGCUAAUGCUGGUCCUUGUCCUGAAAACAUACUGCCUCCUAAGAAAAUUAAAACCCCAAAGGGUACCCUUCCACGCUCUGUAGACCAUGUCUGGCACAACCCUAUUAGAAGAAAUAAAUUUAAAUACCUGAUUGACCAUCCUGUCUCUUUAACAGGAGCUGGAAGGGACAUUUCUUUUCUGUAUGAUGUUAAAUAUGUAAGAGGAGAGACUAGGGAGAAUACAGUUUGUCCCCCACAGUUGGACCGUUCAUUACAGUCAAGUGAUGGUGUCAUUGUGCCUCAUAAGCCAAAGACACUAACAGAUACUUUAAUUCCUGAAGAAUUUCAUAUUGUGUCAAAUACAGGAGUUUCAGGUUUGGAGUGUUAUGAUGACAAAUAUACUACUCUCCUCACAGACAGUGAGAACAGGCUAUUGCUGUUCCCAUCCAUGAAACCUAAUAAAAGAGUAGAAGUUGUCAAGCUGAAUGAUGUGAUGGAUACUAUGCUAGAGAAGGCUGGUAUGGAAAUUCAGGAAUAUACAGGACCAACCAAGAUGCACAAACUACUACACAUGUUGAAGAAGGAACAGACCAUUUACAAUACAGUAUUUCAUGAACUUAUUAGACAAGUCAGUGUGGACUGUGCAGAUAGAGGAGAGCUACUGUCUAAAAUCAGAGAGAGGUAUGUACAAUUGCUUGACCAGAUUGCUCGGCAGAUGACUGAUUUCUACAAAGACUUGGUAACUCAGCGAGUAAUGGACCAGCGCAUUUUAGAAGAACUGUGUAAUGUUAAGCAUGUUAUUGAAGAACUGACCAGAGAACUGUGUCUGGUUCGGGCACAUGAUGUGAAAUUAACAAAGGAAGCAGAGAAGGCCCACAAGGAUUUGGCACAAGCUCUUUUAGAUGCCGAAAAGAAUGCCAAAAUGGUAGAAGAAUACCAUGACUUAUAUACACUACAAAGAGGCAGGAUGGAGAAUGAUAUUAGACAAUUAAUGGCAGAAAGAGAUAUCUGGAGUUCAGCCACAUAUGAAUUGGCCCUAAAGGUAAUUGAAAGAAACAGAGUCAUAUUGGCUAAAAGACUUUACCUUAAUGAAAAAGGCUGGAAUAAAUACACUAAGCAUUUCAUCAUACUGCUUUCAACUAAGGACACUGCAGACCUUGCACAGUUGCAGAAGUUGACACAAAAAUGGAGAAACUCAGUGAAUAAAUUUAAACUGGAGAUAGAACAUACUGAAGAGACUACAAAGGAGAAGUUGCAAAUUGUUAAGGACAGCCUUAUCAAAUGGCAGCAGUUCUUCGGAAAUAAUAAAUGGAUCACAAAUGGAAAAGGCAUUUUAUCCCCGAAUAGGAGAAAUACAUUCGAUUCAGUUCUUUCAGACUUCAAGCAGUGGCAAAAAGUGCUGCGUGAGGAGAAAGAAAAGUUUACUGGGGAUUUUCUAGUGUCAAAAUAUGAUACUCUCAAGAUUAUUAAACAUUUACAGGAAAACUGGUCAGAUAUUGGGCUUGGGAUAUUUGGUCGCCAUAAAAGUUUGGAGGGAGAGAUGCCACCAGAGCAACAGUACAUGGAGCAGAUGAUCAAAAGCAUAGGAAGACUCUACAAAGAAUACGAAAUAAGAAUAAAUGGGGACAAUGGUAUCUCUAAAAUUCUUCUGUAUUUGAUUAGUUCUCUCGAAUUCUGUACUUUCAAGUUGGAAACCCUUCUGGAUUUUCCUCAGAUGGCUCUCGAAGAAUGGGAGGGAGUUAAUGAAAAAAUUAAUGAAAUGAAAUCAAAGUUGGACUCAUCGUUAAACAUUAUUGGUACUGUGCCACAGUACUUAGACAUGGAUUCUGGCUUGGGACUCCAAGAAAAUAUAUUUAACAUGAUGCAACAAUGGCUUUUGAAGAUAGGCAAUGAAAUUAACAAUGGUAACGUUGAACUUCAGCGCCACAUGGAUGAGUUGCAUAUAUCUAUGAUCCAGUGGAUGGUAAAUUUGCUGAUUGUAAUGAUACCUGACUUUACUGAUCAAGACACUCUUCCAAAGUUAGAGGAGGAAAGUGCUGAGAAACGUGAUAUAGGAGUUGCACAAUUAGAGCUGGAUGCAAUUGCACUGACAAAAAAGUUGUCCCAAUACUCCAGCUAUUUGAGCAGUUGUUGCAAAGGGCUGGUAACAACAGUGGCUCUGAAUAAAGUAUUUCACUCAGAAAAAGGUGCUGCUAAGGAACUUCAUGAGCUAGAUAGGAUGAUGAGAGAAUGUUAUGAAUGGAUCAACACAUGCUCUCACCUCCUUUCUGAUAUCAAAGGCAGAAAAAUAAAGUUGUUUACAUAUGAAGAAAUAGAGCACCUACUUGGAGAAGAGGAAGCUAUAAAGUUAUUCAUUGAGCCUGAAAUAGAUAUAUCUUUUAAAGAGAAUGAAGAAGAAAGUGAGGAGGAUAGGAAACUUCAGGAGGAAAAUGAAGAAGAGAAAGCAGAAGAGCAACUUUCAACAUCUGCAGAGAAGGAAAAACUCAUUCGAUUCAUUGAAGAAGAUGAAAAUAUUCAUUCCAAACCUCUGUUAUGUACAGAUGAGUUGUUUUCCUGGAGAAAAGAAGCUAGCCAAGGUACACUGGCCCAAAAAUAUCUUGAAGCAAUGGCUGUAAUUGAAUAUAUGCAAGAUAAGUUAAUGGAGGUUGAAAGCAGAGCCAGACAGGCAGAGGAGAAGUUUGAGGAUGCAAAUGAGAAACUCCAUUAUACCCUUAUAAGAAAUAGUGAUCUGGAGAAGGAACUAGAGGAAAAAGUUGGGACAUCUAGAAAAAAGGAAUCUGAAAGAGAAGAAGAAAAUGAAAGAAAAAGAGAAGGAGAAGGCAGGCCAGCAGAAGGUUCCUCAAAAUCUCUAAAGAAAGAUACAGGUCACUGAAUCCAAGGCAACCUGUGGAGGGAAGAGUUCAGAUGUCAGUGAGAGCCUCCAGGUGUGAGUAGAGCGUGUCUAACUAAGCCCUGAUGGCCACUGUUCUGUACUAAGAACAUUUCCUUUCAAAGGACAUUAUUUGCCUGCUUUCUUUUGUUUAACUUUACAGUCCCUUGUGAAGAGCUGUUUAACUUGCAUAAUGCCACUCAAUAAAUAUUUGUGGAAUUCAAGAUGGUGUGGUAAAUUGAAUAAUGGUCCCCAAAGAUGCCCUUGU